UUUUGCAUAUGAUUAUUAGAUGGGAUACUUUUGAUGAUGACUAUAUAUAUUUGUAAAAUGAACAGUGUUGGUGAAAGUACAUUUACUCAACUUCUGUAUCAAAGUACAGAGUAAAACCAGCUGCCUGCCUGUGCCCUGAACCGUGGUGUCAGGGAUACCUCUCCAUGGAGACGCACUCCUGAGGGGAGGGCUUUCAGGGAAAGGAGACCCUCACCUUGAUGGAGCUACAAGUCAAGAGAGAGGAUGAAGAAGGAAAGACCAUAGUAGUAGUUCAGAGGUAAGAUGAAAGGCCACUUGUGGGGGAACAAGUGAAGUGGAAAUCAACAGAAGGGAGGAAGAAGAAGAAGAAAGAGGUGGAUUAAGUUAUUUUGUCAGGAUGGGCUAUGAUCUGGAGCGGUUUGUGGGCUAUGUGAAUGAGGGUCUUCUGUGCUGUGUGUGUCGAGACGUGUUGGAGCGCCCCCUCCAGGCGCCCUGCGAACAUGCCUACUGCAGCGCCUGCAUCAGCAGCUGGCUGGUCCAUCACCACUCCUGUCCUGAGGACAGACUUCCACUGGAUGUGGGCAGUCUCAAACCACUGUACAGGUACAUGCGUAAUGACCUGAACCGCCUGCAGAUACGUUGUAUGAAUGCAGGGCAGGGUUGUGAGGAGGUCUGCUCCCUGGAGAGCCUGCACACACACGAGGACGAGUGUGAAUUUGCCUUCAUUUCCUGCUCUAACACAGGUUGUUCUUUGCAGGUAGAGAGGCGUGGUCUGGAGGCUCACCUGUCCGAAUGUAACUUCCGCAGCAGGGAGUGUCACAACGGCUGUGGCCACACCCUCCUCUCCAUUGACCAAUCACAGCAUAACUGUGUCGCAGAGCUGCGCACAGAAGUGGAGAUGCUCAGGGCAGAGAUGCUGUGCAAGCUGGAGGAGGUGAGACGAGAGAUGGAGUCUCGGCUGGACUCUCAGAGGAGACACAUGGUGCAGAAAGAAUCGCAGCUGAAGAAUGAUGUGGAGGAGCUCAAGGGUCAGUUGUCCUGUGUGAUGUGUGACAUGCGAGCCUUGUUAGGAGCAGAGCGCCUGAGAAGACAGGAGCUGGCAGAGGCGGAGCUGGAGAAGAGGGAACUGUUGGAGCUCCUUAGAGACAUGCAGCCAACCAGGAGUCAGCAUCCUGUUGAACAGACAUCCAGGGACCAGCAUCAGGAAGCCCUGCAAACAUCUGGACGGGAGCUGCACAUAGAGCCGACAAGACACAAGCAGAGGGAGGCGUCUUUGUAUGCCUCCAGUCUGUCUCUGCAUUCAACUCAAGCCAUAAACAUAUCCGGUCCACCUCCAUCACCUCAGCUGGGAGAGGGGACGCGCAAGGGUGGGACCAGGAGCCUGACUCUCGACUGCAUCAAGCGGAAGAGUCGGGAGGUGACGGUCAUCUGACUAGACUGGACUAGAUUAGGCAAAUCAGAAAAGAUUCAUUCUUUAUUUUUGUAAUAUUUGACUAACUAAUAAAUAAUGAAAAUAUAGUGUGUACAGUUGUUCUGUAUUUUCUGGAAUGAGAUUUAGAUUUAUUUUCAUCAAAUCUACCUGACAAAAAUGUGUAAACUGUUGAAUAGGAGAGAAAAGUAGUCUGCCGUGCAAUGAACCAUGUGUUUUGUGUAAUGUUACAAACUAAAAGAAUCUUUUGACUGUAGGUUUAUGUAAAAGUGGUUAGACAAUUAGACUCAGCACAGAUCUGAUCUACAAACAGAUCAUUGUGUAAUGUCUCUUGGAUUAUGUAUCCCUCAGGUUUUUAAUAAUAAAAAAAUGUGUUACUAUA